GACACUCCACACCGGCAUCAUCACUCGUCACUCACUACUUUCGCGGCUAUCCUCCUUGUAUAAAACCUCCCCCCUCCCCGCUCUCUCCUCCUCCCACUCCUCUCCUGCAUGCCCCAACGAACCAUCUCCAAGAAACCACCUCACCCCAAUCCCAAACCAAUCCUCCCCACUCAAUUCCCCAUCCAGAUUCGAUCCCAGUUCAUCAUCUUCCUAGAAGGAAUCGAUCGAUAAUUAACACGGAGAGGCAGAGUGGCGAUCGACGACGACGACGGCGAAGAUGAAGCUUGACAGGGAGAUGGAGUUGCUCCUCAACGAGAUCCCCCUCCUCCACCACGGCGACCUCCUCGGCUGCGGCGGCGCGCCGCCCGCCGCCGCCGAGGCCGACGCCGACGCCGGCUUCGAUUUCUCCUACCUCAUCCAGGAGCUCGGCGAGAUGGGCUUCGUCGACGAAGACGACGACGAGGAAGAGAAUGGCGACUUCUCGAACUCUGUUUACCCCAGGAAGGCCAGCUCGUCCCCUACCAGCAACCUCCAUUUCAUGGACGCCGAGAAUUUCGUGGCCGCGCACCCCUUCUCCUCCUCCUCCAUGGCCAUGUCCAUGGCCGUCGACAAACACCGCGAAAGCAGGUCCCUUUUCGACCCUUUCCCCUUCUCCGCCACCUGCUUCGACGCCGCCGCGGCGGAGGACUGGGACCUCCCGUGCCCGCCUCCGAGAUCCUCCUCCCGGCCGUGCAAGACGACGGCAAGCGUGAGGCAGAGGAAGCUGCAGGGCAACAACAAUGGCGGCCAGGGCCAGGCGGCGGCGAAUUCGAAGGCGUCCAAGUACGAGAGCCUGGUGGGCCUGCGGGGGUACAUGUACCACGUGGCGAGGGACCAGCACGGGUGCCGGUUCCUGCAGCAGCGGCUCGACGACGGCAAGCGCGAGGUCGACUUCGUCUUCGCCGGCGUCGCCCGCCAUGCCGUGGACCUCAUGGUGAACCCCUUCGGGAACUACCUCAUGCAGAAGCUGCUCGCCGUCUGCGACAGGGAGCAGAGGAUGGCGCUCGUGCGGGCGCUCACCAAGGACCCCUUCGUGCUCGUCAGGAUCUCCCUCAACGUCCAUGGGACAAGGGCGGUGCAGAAGCUGAUUGAGAGCCUGAGGACAAGGGAGGAGAUUCAGCUCGUCGUCGCGGCUCUGCGCCCCGGCUUCCUGGAGCUCAUCAAGGAUCCUAAUGGCAAUCACGUCGUGCAAAAGUGCUUGCAAGCGUUCGAGGCCGAUGAUAACAAGCCGAUCUUUGCUGCUGCUGCGAUUUACUGCCUCGAUAUUGGUAUGCAAUGCCAUGGUUGCUGCGUUCUGCAGCGGUGCAUCGCGCGUUCCACUGGCGAGCACAAGGAGAAGCUGGUAGCUGCAAUCGCUCGCAAUGGAUUUGAACUUGCGCAAGAUGCCUAUGGAAACUAUGUUGUUCAGUAUGUGAUAGAACUGAAGGUUGCUACUGCAAAUGCAAGCCUGGCACAGCAGUUUGAAGGCAAGUACAUCCACCUCUCCAUGCAGAAGUUCAGCAGCAAUGUGGUCGAGAAAUGCCUGAAAGUCUUCAAGGAGGCUGACAAGGCAACUAUCAUCCUGGAGCUUCUUGCUGCGCCGCACUUCGAGCGGUUGCUUCAGCACCCAUAUGCAAACUAUGUGGUCUACUCAGCUCUUCAGAAUUCUAAGGGCUCUCUUCACUCAGCGCUAACGAACGCGAUCCGGCCUCAUGUGGAACUGCUGAGAACCAGUCCUUACUGCAAGAGGAUCUACUCACGAGCUUUGCUGAAGAAGUGAAGAGCUGACCGGAAAAUUUCCACCAUGUAACAAUAAAGAUUGUUGUCUUGUGCUAUUUUCUGAGGUUCAAAAGGGAUAAAGGUGAUCACACCGUGUAGAUUUGUAUAGAUCAAUAUUAUUUGGUCGUGUGUUUUUAUCUGCACCUGUAUUCGGUGCACUCUUGUGUUGCCAUAAUCCAUCUGGAAUGGAAUAAGUUCCAAUUGAACAAGACAUCAUGUAGUAGAUGUUGAUUAAUGUGCAGAAGAUUGCUGCUAAUGCUGAUUCUUGUAACUUAUUGUUUGCUUUUA